GCAGCCGCGUGCGGGGCUGCCCGGUGCGGCGAGCCCAGCCCCGCGCAUCCCGGUGCCGCCUCCUGCCGCCGGGCUGCCCCGGACGCCGCUGCUCGGGAGAUGCCGCUCGGCGGGCGGGAACCCGCGGCUGCCCUGAGCCUCCUCCGCCGCCGCGGCGGGCGCCGCUGAGCGCGCCAAGGAACUGCUGCUGUGAGACCCCAAAGGCUCUUCCAGACAGCUCCGAGGGGCAAAGGCGAGUGUGAGCUCCUGCUUGCGACCACAGCACCAGGUUCCUGCUCGUGGCCUCCAGAGAGCCCAGCGUGAGCACCGCAGGAGGAGCUGGGCUGAACAAAAGGGCUGCCCUGUGUCCAUCUCUGAUCCCUGCUCUGCAGCCCACCCCACAGCAGCAUGCCUGGUGCUGGCAGCUGGCUCUGAAGCUCACAGCAGCCUGCAGCGAGCAACCGCACUGUGCCAGAAAGUGAGGCGAGAAGACAGGGUGCUCGUCCAUGCUGGCCCUUGGCACUGGAGCUGGACACUGAGCACCCGAGGGGACAGAGCCCACCGAGGAGCAGCGGUGCUCAGCGCAGCUGGCAUCGGGGAGCAGCCCUUCACCCUCCCACCGGUCCCACGGCCCUCCUCAGCACCCAGCUGCCAACAUGAUGAUGUACUUUUGGACCGUGCGCUCAGUGCCAGUGUCUAAUGGCACCGAAGUGAACCGCGGAGCGCGGCUGCGGGCGCAGCGGCCUGCCGCAGAUGAACCCUCCUAACUAGCGCCGAGGGGUCGGGAGGGACGGCGAGGAGGGGAGAGCCCGAGGGGCCGGCCGGGAAGACGAGGAUAUAGCGCUGUGCGGAAGAGGACGGACCCGCGAGCAGCUUCACGGCUACCUGUCGACACAUGCUGUGCUCCAUGGCUAACUCGGGCUGCCUCCUUGUCUCCAACUCAGGCAUGCUUCCUCACUCUCUCCCCUGUCCUCCAGCCUUCCUCUACCUCCAACAGGGUAACCAGGACGCCACGGCUCCGCCGGACGCAAUGGCUCAGCCCUACCCCCCGGCCCAGUACCCCCCGCCCCCCCAGAACGGGAUCCCCGCAGAGUUCGCGCCGCCGCACCCGCACCCCACGCCGGACUACUCGGGGCAAAGCACAGUACCGGAGCACGCCAUGACCCUCUACACACCAGCACAGAGCCACGCCGAGCAGCCGGGCACCGACGCCAGCACACAGUCCAUAGCCGGGACGCAGCCGGUACCGCAGACAGAUGAGGCGGCACAGACAGACAGCCAGCAGCUACACUCCACAGAUACCACAGACAAGCAGCAGCCCAAGAGGUUACACGUCUCCAACAUCCCCUUUCGAUUCCGGGACCCCGACCUGCGGCAAAUGUUCGGGCAAUUUGGGAAGAUCCUGGACGUGGAGAUCAUUUUCAAUGAGCGGGGCUCCAAGGGUUUUGGGUUUGUAACUUUUGAAACUAGCACAGAUGCCGACCGGGCACGGGAGAAGCUGAAUGGCACCAUCGUAGAGGGCCGGAAGAUUGAGGUGAACAAUGCCACGGCCCGUGUCAUGACCAACAAGAAGGUUGCCAACCCCUACACCAAUGGCUGGAAGCUGAACCCUGUGGUGGGAGCAGUCUACGGCCCCGAGUUCUACGCAGUAACGGGGUUCCCGUACCCCGCCACGGGGACGGCCGUGGCCUAUCGAGGGGCACACUUACGGGGACGAGGACGCGCCGUCUACAACACGUUCCGUGCUGCACCACCGCCGCCACCCAUCCCCACCUACGGAGCGGUCGUUUAUCAGGACGGGUUCUACGGAGCUGAGAUCUAUGGGGGUUAUGCUGCCUACAGAUACGCCCAGCCUGCGGCAGCGGCGGCAGCAUACAGCGACAGUUACGGCAGAGUGUAUGCAGCGGCAGACCCGUACCACCACACCAUCGGCCCCGCCGCCACAUACAGCAUCGGCACCAUGGCUAGUCUAUACCGAGGAGGGUACAGCCGCUUCACUCCCUACUAGCAAGACAGACACAGCCCCUCCCACCACUAACACUGACUGCUCACUAGCACCAAACCAAACCAGGCAGCCAGAGCCACGGCCGAGGCUCUGGAGGAACCACGGGGUGCCCGGGCUGGGGCACGGCCAGGCUCCCCUGAGCCGCGGUGCCCACAGGCCAUAGGGUCACCUCGAGCUGCUCCACCCUGUCGCCUGCCCGGGUCUCCUGCAUCAUCUGCCUGCAGGGACAUGGGGCAGCUCCUGUCCCUGCAUCCCUGGGGUUCAUGGGGAGCAGGGCCAGCCCUCGGCCCUGGUAGCACCCCCAGCCCAGAGCCUGGGGGGUUGUGGGGUCCUCGUGUGGCUUCACCCUGACCUGAGCCCCGGGCAGGCACUGCCCUUGCUGGGGUGCAGAGGGCUUAUCCGCCUGCAAAGCCGAGGGGAUGCUCGUGCAGGCACGGGGGGCACGGUGCCUACGGCAGCCCGAGGGGCAUAGGAAAGAGAGGAGCCAGCAGGGGCUGCUGCACGUUCAGGGGCUGAGCCGGGCUGGGGCGCAGUGUGGGGCUAGGGGGGCCGGGAUGGCAUCAGCAUGGCCCCGGCCAGGCUGCCCACGCGCGGCUCCAGUGAAAGACCUGCCUCUCUGU